UUAAAUCUCUCCGUAACUCUUUAUAUAUAUACCUAAAGGCUUAACGCUAGCACAAGCACAACACAAAGAGGAAAAAACAAAUUUGGAGCCAUGUCUUCAUCAAUAUUCUCUUCUGUUGUCCUCUUCUUCUUCCUUUUCACCAUCCCAUACAUUCAAAGCCAACCCAUUGCUCCAGCUCCGACCACCGAAACAAGUCCCAUCAAUCUCACAGCGAUUCUUGAAACUGGUCACCAAUUUACUACAUUAAUACGACUCCUCAACACAACUCAAGUGGGGUUUCAGGUAAGUGUUCAACUCAAUAGCUCUGAUCAAGGGAUGACUAUAUUUGCACCAACAGAUAACGCAUUCAACAACCUUAAACCCGGAACUUUAAACAGUCUCACAUAUCAACAACAAAUCCAGCUCAUGCUCUACCAUAUCAUUCCAAAAUACUACUCUCUGAGCGAUCUUCUAUUAGCAAGUAAUCCCAUUAGAACUCAGGCUACGGGAUAUGAAGGAGGCGUUUUUGGAUUAAAUUUUACAGGACAAGCACAAAGCAACCAAGUGAAUGUUUCGACGGGUGUUGUUGAGACUCGGAUCAAUAAUGCAUUAAGACAACAGUUUCCACUAGCAGUUUACGUGGUGGACAGUGUGUUGUUACCCGAAGAGUUGUUCGGAACAAAGACCACUCCCACCGGAGCUCCGGCCCCGAAAUCCACAACUUCAUCGUCUGAUGCCGAUUCUCCAGCUGGUGAUGAUGAGCACAAAUCUGCCGGAUCAAGCAUGAAGAAGACAAGUCUACGGAUUGUUCUUGGCUUUGCAUUGUUUUGUUGUUCGGUUAUAUAUAUUUCUUGAACCUUAACUAAAAGCGGGGAAACGUUCCCAAGUAACUACCAUUUAAUUUAAUUUGUUUGCAUGACUGAUUUGAUUCAUCUAUGUUUUGGAAUUUCUGCUUUGUAAUCUUCUUAUUUAUUCUAUAAAAUAAAUAUACUUCCUUUAUUACAUA